CCUCAGACCCGCAGCAUCACGACUGAGUGAGAGGGAAGGUUCGGCUCUCCGUGUUUGCAAGUCAGUCUGGGGGUGAGGAGGUCCUCGCUGAAGGUCACGGGUUCGACUCCUGCAGGGGCUGAGACUUCAUUACUUUUGUGUAUAGGAAACAAACGUGCGCUCGCUCAUGAGAGCCGAGCUGACAUUUGCACAGCGCUGGUGUGUAAGCUGAGACACGGAGGAGGAGGAGGAGGAGGAGGAGGAGGAACUUCCCGCUCCUCUCGCUGCUCAGAGAGAGAGAGUGAGAGAGAGAGCAAAGCCAGCUGACGGAGGAGCGCGCCUCCAUUCAGGAGCCGAGGCUGCAGAGCGUGAGUCCAGGCGCCAACUUUCACUCGCCACUCUCUCCAGUCCAGCGGAACCGAGCUGAGUAGUGUCCAGAUCCAGAUCCAGAUCCAGAGUCCAGAGUCCAGAGUCCAAAUCCAGAGUCCAGAUCCAGACCCAGAGUCCAGACCCAGAGUCCAGAUCCAGAUCCAGAUCCAGAUCCAGAUCCAGAGUCCAGAUCCAGAUCCAGAGUCCAGAGUCCAGAGUCCAGAUCCAGAUCCAGAUCCAGAGUCUAGGCUCCAGGCUCCAGGGUCCAGGCUCCAGGGUCCAGGCUCCAGGCUCCAGGCUCCAGGCUCCAGGCUCCAGGGUCCAGUCUCCAGGCUCCAGGCUCCAGGGUCCAGGGUCCAGUCUCCAGGCUCCAGGCUCCAGUCUCCAGGGUCCAGGCUCCAGGGUCCAGGGUCCAGUCUCCAGGCUCCAGGGUCCAGUCUCCAGGGUCCAGGCUCCAGGGUCCAGGCUCCAGGGUCCAGUCUCCAGGGUCCAGGCUCCAGGCUCCAGGGUCCAGCCCAGGGCGUGAGCGGCGUCAGCAGGACUGGCCGAGCAGACAGGAGGAUGCUGGAGGGCAAUGCCUGCAGAAGCAGAGGAUGAGAUCUGUCGAAAGGCGCUGGAGCUGCUCUCUGACCUCUGCUCCAGGGGAGAGGUCCAGGACGACAGCUGCCUGGACUUCAUCUACUACUUCCGGGACUUGGCCAGACCUCGCUACACGGACUCAGAUGUGUCGGUCAGCCUCCUGUCCCUGCUGGUCACCACCUGUGGACUCGCUCUCUUCGGCGUCUCGCUCUUCGUCUCAUGGAAGCUCUGCUGGCUGCCGCUCACCGGCCGCUUCUUCCCCGACAUCCUGAAGGGGGCGCACUUCCUGGGAGGGGACCAACAGCCCGUCCUCACAGAGGUGGACGGCGAGGAGCGCGAGUUCAGCGAGGACGGCUGCGUCAAGGAGCCGCCCGGAGCCACCAUGGCGGUGACCGUCCCCGAGUCGGCCCUGAAGAUCAGCCACACGUCGCCCGACAUCCCGCUGGAGGCGCAGGCCACGGUGGAGCGCUACCAGCCGCACACGCUGGCCCGAGACCGGGUCCAGAGGCAGACCACCGAGCCCACCUCCUCCGUCCGUCACAACUCCAUCCGGCGCCAGAUGAACCUGUCCGAUCCGGACUUUAACCCGGCUCAGUUCCAGCGGCAGGACUCCCUGUCGGGUCUGGGCCGGAUCAAGCCGGAGCUGUACAAGCAGCGGUCGGUGGACGGCGAGGACGGGCGGCGCAGCGACAGCUGCGGCCGCCUCAACUUCAUCCUCAAGUUCGACUUCGACCUGGAGCAGCUGAUCGUGAAGAUCCACAGCGCGCUGGACCUGCCGGCCAAGGACUUCUCCGGAACCUCAGACCCCUAUGUGAAGAUCUACCUGCUGCCCGACCGCAAAACCAAGCACCAGACCAAGGUGCACCGCAAGACUCUCAACCCGCUGUUCGACGAGGUCUUCCUGUUCCCGGUGGCGUACGCCGAGCUCUCCGGCCGCAAGCUGCACUUCAGCGUCUACGACUUCGACCGCUUUUCCCGCCACGACUUGAUCGGACAGGUGGUGGUCGACAACUUCCUGGACCUGAACGACUUCCCGCGUGAGACCAAGCUGUGCCGGGACAUCCAGUACGUGACGUCGGACAACGUGGACCUGGGCGAGCUGAUGUUCUCACUGUGCUACCUGCCCACGGCCGGGCGACUCACCAUCACCAUGAUCAAAGCCAGGAACCUGAAAGCCAUGGACAUCACCGGGGCCUCGGGUGAGUGGGGGGGCCGGGGCCCGGGGCCGGACGCUCCUGAGCUCCGUGUGUCUCCUACAGAUCCCUACGUCAAGGUGUCGCUGAUGUGCGAGGGCCGGCGGCUGAAGAAGCGCAAGACGUCCACCAAGCGCAACACGCUGAACCCGGUCUACAACGAGGCCGUGGUGUUCGACGUGCCGCCAGAGAACAUCCACCAGAUCAGCCUGCUCAUCGCCGUCAUGGACUACGACCGGUCCGCCCGCCCGCCGCCUGGCCUCGGCCCGCCGGGACUCACCUGCGCUUCUGUUGACAGGGUCGGACACAACGAGGUGAUCGGCGUGUGCCGGGUCGGCACCGAGGCCGAGACCCUGGGCCGGGACCACUGGAGCGAGAUGCUGACCUAUCCGCGGAAACCCAUCGCUCACUGGCACCCUCUGCUGGAGUGGGACGGAGCAGCUGGGACUGGAAGCCAGGGGGGGUCCACCAACUCCCUGAAGACGCCCCCCUCACCCUGAGCCCGCCGGGACGUGCCGUCGGCGUCUUCCGUCUCCGUUCACCGGCUCACCUUUCUCUCCUCAGCCGUGUGUGUGUGUGUGUGUGUGUGUGUUGGGGUCCCCGCAGGAGCAGGAAGAGCGGUGGCUUCACCCUCCGCUCCAGGUCCAGGCGGAGGCUCCGGUCUGAAGCCUGUCCAGGCUGGCAGCUGACAGCACGUGCCGCGGCUCCCACAGGUCCACUUCCUGUUGCCGCUCCAGUGCAUGCUCCAUCUUUGUUGUUCAGGCUGCACGUCGUGUCGUGAGCACCAGAGGUGGCGCCGCCGCCGCCGCGCUCCUCCUCCCACCUGUCGCUAAUAAACAUGUACAUACAA